CGUUAGCGGGCUAUAUAAAGGGGAAGCUGCGUCCUGCUGAACUCCAGUGCGGAUCCAGACAGCCGGGUUAUCAUUGCGGGUGUGCGCCUGCUUGUCACCAUGGCGAACAAUGGAUUCUUCCAGCUGCUGAUGAAGAAGAAGGAACUUAUUCCUCUAAUCGGGUUUGUGAGUCUUGCUGGAGUCGGAGCCACCUUCGCUUGCUGGAACGCGCUGAGAAAACCCGACGUGAUUUUAAGCAAGUCUGACCCAGAGCCGUGGCAAUAUGUGGACCCUACCAAACCCCAGAAGCAUCUAACAAUCAACCAGCAAUGGAAGCCCAUCGAAGAGCUGGAGACAGUUCGAGAAAUGACGAAGCGAUGAGGUGUCACCCCCUCCAAGCGACACUCUAUGAAUCUAGUGGAAUCAUUUCUGCACAAACUAGAUUAUCGAAACCAGUGUGCGGAAAUGCUUCUGCUACAUUUUUAGGGUCUCCCUCCAAUUUUUUGGACUCUGGAUUAAGGACUUUGCUGUUGGCCUUAGUAAGUUGCCGUGCAUACAUCCACACAGUCCAAAAAUAGAGGUUGGCUCACACUUGCGACAGCCACGUUUGCUCUGAAGCACGGUGUCCGACGAUCUAUAUGUGAACUUUGAAAAGUGUUGUCUUAUUUUUCUCCGAAAUAAUACUGUAAUAUAUAUUUUCAAUAAACCUGGAAUCGAAAUGUGAAGUUAGUACAGUAAACGGAAUUUCCUUUUGGGUUUGUAGGGGUAUACAUAGCUUUCACCUUGAGCAAACAUACCAUAAUAUGCUUAAGUUCAGGAUGUGUUCUGAUAGCUCUUACACUGUUUCCAUUGGUCAUGCAAACACAGCUAGGAAGCUAAGCACACUUACCCGGAAAUGUGUUCCAACCAGUGCUUUUUUUCUGGGGGGAUGCAGGGGUGCGCAUACCCCUAAACAUUUUGUGCAUCUUUGUACUUUUGUCCAUUUACUGUAUUUAUUUCCCCCAAUUUGAACUAUAAAAUGGUGAUUUUCUUGGGUCAAAAUGAGAGUGCCCCCUAAACAUUUUUAAAGCACUGGUUCCACAACAUAAAUGUUUCCUUCAUAUUUUGACUUCAUAUUUGGAACUGCUGUACUCAAAGAUUGCCUCUCUGCAUUUGAACUAACCAGGACCCUGCAAUCAGUGCUUUUGUCUCUCAAAAAUGUUUAGGGGUACUCUCAUUUUGACUCAAGAAAAUCACCAUUGUAUAGUUCAAAUCGGAGGGGAAACAGUAAAUGGACAAAAGUACAAAGAUUCACAAAAUGUUUAGGAGUAUGUGUACCCUCCAGGAAAAAAACAUUGCCUGCAAUCAUCAUCUGAAGCCCUUCAAGAGAGGUUUGGAAACUGGCAACAGAAUAACAGGCCUUUUCUGUGGUGGCUCCCCAUUUGUGAAAUGCUCUCUCCUGGGAGGCUUGCUUGGCACCUUCCUUACAUUCGGUGCCAGGCGAAAACGUCUCUCUUCAACCAGGCAUUGGGCUGUUUAACAGUCUAUGGCAGGCACCCCCAAACUUCGGCCCUCCAGAUGUUUUGGACUACAAUCCCCAUCAUCCCUGACCGCUGGUCCUGUUAGCUAGGGAUCAUGGGAGUUGUAGGCCGAAACAUCUGGAGGGCUGCAGUUUGGAGAUGCCUGGUCUAUGGCUUUUUAAAUGUAGGAGUGAGGUUUUUUGUUUUUGUUUUAUUAUGGCAUUUUGUGUUCGCAUUUUUUAUUUUUAUGUUACGAAGUGCCCUGUGAUCUUUGGAUGAAGGGCAGUGUACAAAUUUAAUAAAUAAUAAUAUUUUGAUUGCAUCAAUAAUACCCAGCAUUUUGAAUGGUGUAAUUAUUGGCACCUGGUUUUUAUUUUAUUUUAUUCAUUUUCGGUGAUAAUCUCCCCAGUCUAUUUGUCAUUCUUCUCCGUUCUGAUUCUAUUCACUUGUUUUAAAUCCAGUUCAUAGCAUGUUAGUGGGAUAGUCAUACACUUGGGAGCCAAACUACAGGUUAUGUGCAGGAGAUCUAUGCUCCUUAUCUCCUAACGUGUUGGUCUUGCUUCAAAGCAAAUAUAGGGAAUGCCCCCAUUUGAUCAGAGCAGCAGGAGUUCUGGGACAGCCAUUUCUCUGGAUCCAGUCUCUUCUAACUCCUUUGAUGAACUUUCAUUGGAAGAAAGCGAUCCCUUCAUUAACCUGCAUGAGAAGGGGAAGACUAUAUUCCUAGGAAAAACAGCGGGAGCAAAAUGUCACAGAUGCACAUGAACAAAGUCCCUUGGGCUAACAGAGUUCUUGCAGGCAGGGUGAAAUUUCCCCCCUCCCAGGCAUUUCCUGCGAUCUUCAUUAUUCCUCCACCUAUGAAAGUCAGCAGAGAGUUUGCCCUUUCCAUUAAGGUGCUUUAACUGUUGUCACAGGUGGGAAGCUGUACGUGAA